AUGUCCUCGCUGUUCCUUGAGCCACUGGCUCAGGUCAGCCUCCCAACAGUUUGUUUGGUCGUCCUCCUCGUUGCCUACGUUGCCCUCUCCUUCACCGAAUUGAGCCUCCUCCGAAAGUCCUACGCGACAUUCAGCCAUCUUGUCACCUUCGCCUAUUCUUGCUUCCUGAAGCCCCAUUCUGGAGAUGGCACCGGGAACCAGCAAGAUGCUCUGGAGAGCUUCUACAAGUCCCAGGCGAGCAUCUACGACAUCACCCGGAGCAAAUUACUCCAAGGAAGAGAAGAUAUGCUAGCUCUGGUGGCCGCACAAGUCAAAUACAGAUGUGAAGCGGGCCAGAUUCGUCAAAAGCCCAUCUGGGUCGACAUCGGAGGUGGCACGGGAUGGAACAUUGAACAGAUGCAAAGCCAACUGGAUGUCCCCACCUACUUCCAUGCCAUCUAUCUCGUCGACCUCAGCACUUCUCUCUGUGAGAUUGCUCGUCAACGCUUCCAACGCCUGGGCUGGAAGAACGUUCACGUGAUAUGUCAGGACGCUCGCACUUUCAACUUGGCCGACUACGAAUCGGGCGUGGAGGAGUCGAGGCGGGAUUUCAGCAUUGGACAAUCCGCAUACGACGAAGACGCCAAAGACUCCGUCGGCGCCGAUCUCCUGACCAUGUCCUACAGUCUGAGCAUGAUUCCAGAGUUCCACUCCGCAGUCGACAGCAUCACCAAUCUGCUCGCCGCGGAUGGCAUCGUCGGUGUCGUCGACUUCUACGUUCAGAACCAAAUCGAAUUCCAGAGCCGCAACUACAUCGGCGGCGCCAUUGACAGACAUUGCAUGUGGAUCAGCCGCGUGUUCUGGCGCACGUGGUUCGAACUCGACCGAGUCAACUUGGAAUCUGCUCGACGGGAUUACAUCGAGUACAAGUUCGGAACCAUCUUGAGCACCAACAAGCGAUGUCGCCUGCUCGGACUCCGCAUCCCUUACUACAUCUUUGUUGGCUGCUCCCGAGGAACCAGCAGCUCUAUGCAUCACGUGGAGGCUCUGGACGCCGCGGUGACUGAGAGUCCGUUCAUCUCUGCGCUGGACGUCCACGCCAAGAGUGUCAACCCCCCGAAGCCGCGUCGGAGUUCGAGCACGGAGCGCAGGAGCAAGGCUUACGAUACGGCUGUGGUCAAUCUGGCAGCUAGCUUGCCACUGCCGGCAGCAUACUACCAAAACAACAAGACUCGAAUCUACUAUGACGAUACGCUACCCAAGCAUCGCCAGUUCAAGGACGAGUACAUCUAUGCCUUCACCUGGGAGGACUCGAGGGUGGACUCGCGGCUGCUGAAGAUCACGGGCGAUGAUGUGAUCCUGGCCAUUACCAGUGCGGGCGACAACAUCUUGAGCUACUGUUUGGAGCGGCCCAAGCGCGUCCACGCCGUCGACCUUAACCCGGCUCAAAAUCACUUGCUGGAGCUCAAAGUAGCUGCCUUCAAGGCCCUUGACCAGGAGGAUAUGUGGAAAAUCUUUGGCGAAGGCAAGCACGAGAACUUCCAACAACUUCUCCUCACCAACUUGUCGCCGCAUUUGUCAAGCCAAGCUUUCGACUACUGGCUGCACGUGGGCCAGUCGACCUUUAGCCCUGGCGGAAAAGGUCUGUACUUCACGGGUGGCAGCAGACAUGCCCUCCGCCUCAUCUCAUGGCUCGGAAAAGCGCUCGGGAUCCGCAAGGAUAUGUCCCGGCUGUCAGAGGCGCAGACGAUGAACGAGCAGCGCGAGAUCUGGUCGAAGCGAGUCCGCCGGGUCCUUCUCUCCCAGCUACUGGCUUAUUUCGUCAUUGGAUCCGAGCGCUUCUUGUGGAAGGCGUUGGGCGUGCCGAGUGAGCAAAGAGCGAUGAUUGAGAACGACUACCAGCAACAACUUCAGCUGGCAAAGGGCGCGAAGGCAACCGCCGACGGGAAGCAUCAGAGUGGCUUGGACAACACUGGCAGCAUCAGUGCUCUCAAGAGCGGCCAUGCCAUUUGGAAUUACGGCGUGCAAACUCUGGAUCCGGUCGUCAAUCACACGCUCGUGAGCGAAGAUAACCACUAUUACCUCGUGUGUCUGUUGGGCAAAUACACAAAGAAAUGCCACCCAACCUAUCUCGGCGCAAAGGCGCACGCCAAACUCUCCCAACCAGGCGCCCUAGACGGCCUCCGCAUCCAUACCGACGAGCUCUCUGAAGUCUUCGCACGCAUGCAACCCGAAUCCCUCACCAUCGCCGUGCUAAUGGACAGCAUGGAUUGGUUCAACCCGACCGGCCCGGAAGCAGAUGCGCAGGUGAAGGUGGUGAAUAGCGCGCUCAAGCAAGGCGGACGAGUCCUCCUGCGCUCCGCUGGGCUGGACCCGUGGUAUAUUCGCGCUUUCGAGAGCAAUGGGUUCAGCUGUAAGAGAGUUGCUGCUCGCAUUCCUGUGGGCACUUGCACGGAUCGGGUGAAUAUGUAUGCUUCGACUUGGAUUUGCACCAAGGUUGCUUCGCUUGCAUAG